UAUAAACGAUCAGAAGCUGACAUUGUGGUUUCUCGUAUCUCUGACUCUGAGGUCUCUAAAACAGAGGCAAAUAUGGCGUCACUACUACCAUACAGCGAUGUUGAUUUCAGCUUGAGAGCAAUGGCGGGUCGUGCCGAGGGUUUCGGCCGCGACUCCAUCGGUGGCCUCCACGGCCCUCUCUAUUUUGUUACCACCCUCGCUGAUGAUGGACCCGGAUCCCUUCGAGAUGGAUGUCGUAGAAAGGAGCCGCUCUGGAUUGUUUUUGAAGUUUCGGGUACUAUUCAUCUAUCAUCAUACCUGAGUGUAUCAUCUUAUAAGACAAUAGAUGGCCGAGGCCAGAGCAUAAAGCUCACAGGAAAGGGCUUGAGGCUGAAAGAAUGUGAGCACAUAAUUGUAUGCAACCUUCAGUUUGAAGGUGGCAGGGGUCAUGAUGUUGAUGGCAUUCAAAUAAAACCAAAUUCUAGGCACAUAUGGAUAGAUCGCUGCAGUCUUCGUGAUUAUGAUGAUGGACUCAUAGACAUUACAAGACAAAGCACAGAUAUUACUGUAUCUAGAUGUUACUUUGCACAGCAUGAUAAAACCAUGCUAAUUGGAGCUGACCCAUCCCACAUCGGCGAUAGAUGCAUCCGUGUGACAAUUCAUCACUGCUUCUUCGAUGGGACACGACAAAGGCAACCUCGUGUUAGAUUUGGAAAAGUUCAUCUGUACAACAAUUACACCAGAAACUGGGGUAUAUACGCCGUUUGUGCUAGUGUUGAGUCCCAGAUAUACUCUGAGUGCAACAUUUAUGAAGCGGGAACUAAGAAAAAGACUUUUGAAUUCUAUACAGAGAAGGCUGCGGACAAGGAGGAGCAGAAAUCUGGCAUCAUAAUAUCUGAGGGAGACGUAUUUCUGAAUGGUGCACAACCAUGCUUACAAUCACAACACACAGAAGGAUGCGUAUUCCACCCUUCUGAAUAUUAUCCAGCUUGGACUAUGGAGGCACCCUUACAUUCUUUCAAAGAUGUUCUGCAACUAUGUGCAGGUUGGCAAUCCAUUUCUCGGCCGUUAGACGUCUCGUCUUGUUUGAAUUAGAAUGCCUUGCAGGAUUUGACCUUCUGGUUUUUUAGUCUCCAUUGACAUACAAUAAAGCAAAACUAAACUGGGUUUUGUGUAAUUAUACGAAACUUUGAGAUGAGCUGCCCUGCUUAUAAUUUCUGAAUAAUGUGGCUCGCCUUAUAUUAUUUAUUGAUUGUAUUUAUUUGUAAUUACGGCGUUUCAUUUUUGGGGAAUGACUUUGAGAAUCACACAAUACAUUUAAAUAUCAUAAAAUCUAUUGACAA